AUGGAGAUGAGAGGCGUCACGCCGGCAGAGAUGGGAGGCGUCGCGCGGCAGCGUAGCAACACUACCAUUCACAACAGCGUCGGGGGAGAGGGAUGGGCAACGUCGGGGGAUGGGGAUGGGGAGAAGGGAGGAGAUGAGAGGGGGAGAGGAUCACAGAGAGAGAGACGAGGGGGAUGGGGAGAAGAAAGGAAACGAGAGGGGGAUGGGGAGAAGGAAUGGGGGAGAAUUAGGAAGAACAAGAAAAACAAUGAAGCAGAUCAGAAGAAUGAAAAUGAUAAUAACAAGAAGAAAGACAAUGGAGGAAAUGAUAAUAUUACUGCAGUUUUGAAGGCUGGUUUGCACUGUGAUGGUUGCGCUUCCAAAUUUCUAAAAUGCAUUCGCUCUUUUGACGGUGUGAAGGCUUUGACAAUCGAUGAAUCUCAGAAGAUUACGGUUACCGGAAAAUUUGAUCCGGUGAAACUCCGGGAGAAAGUGGAGGAUAAAACCCACAAAAAGGUGGAACUGAUAUCACCAGGGCAGCCAAAAAAGAAAGAUAACGAUAAAGAGAAUGCAAAGGGCAAAGAAAAUGGAAAAGAAGACAAAAAUACAAAGAUUAAAAGUGAAGACAAAAAAUGCAAGAACAAAGAGCAAGCUGUGAUGACUGCGGUUUUGAAAGUGCAGUUACAUUGCCAGGGAUGCAUACAGAAAAUCCACAAAAUUGUGACCAAAACAAAGGGGUAUGAAGGUCUGAAAAUAGACAGGCAGAAGGAUUUGGUGACAGUGACUGGAGCAAUGGACAUGAAGGCACUAGCUGAGUCUCUCAAGAAACAUUUGAAGAAAGAGGUUGAAAUUCUUCCUCCCAAAAAGGAAGGCGGUGGUGGCGGUGAUAAGGGGAAAGGUGGUGGCGAUGAUAAGGCGAAAGGUGGCAGCAAAGAAGGUGGUGGAGGUGAUAAGGGGAAGGAUGGUGGCAGCAGCAAGGAAGAAGGUGGUGGAGAGAAGAAGGAGGAGUUGGUCCAAAUUUGGAAUCCAUAUCCGUGUAUGUACGGGCCGGGUCAAAUGGGUGAGCAGUUUCAAUACCACCCAUAUGGAUAUGGACCUAACCACGCGCCGCAAAUAUUUAGUGAUGAGAACCCAAACGCUUGUAGUUUUAUGUGA